ACCUACCUCGGCACAUCCGUCCCACCCCGCAUCCGGGGACCGGGCCAUCCGCAUAAGCGUCGGUAACAAACGCGGGGAAGAGCAAGGGUUACCUUACAUACCUUAUGCUUCGACUUGGACACUUGAGAACCUCAUGGAUGAAGUGACCUUGAUUCUCCUCUUUCCUCCUCCAUAGCCGUACCUCAUCUUAGACUUACACCCACCACCGCAUCUUAGUAUCUCACAAAACCCGCCAUCAUGCCCCCCAGACAAAAACAGCCAUGCUACGUCCUCGGCGUGGGCAUGACCAAGUUCAUCAAGCCGCGGGGCAAGGUCGACUACACCGAGCUGGGCUACGAGGCCGGGAUCAAGGCCAUGCUCGACGCACAAAUCACGUACGACGACGUGGAGCAGGGCAUCGCCUGCUACUGCUACGGCGACUCGACCUGCGGGCAGCGCGUGUUCUACCAGUUUGGCAUGACGGGAAUCCCCAUCUUCAACGUCAACAACAACUGCUCGACCGGGUCGACCGGCCUGGCCAUGGCGCGCAACACCAUCUCGGCCGGCGCCGCCGACUGCAUCCUCGUCGUCGGCUUCGAGAAGAUGAUGCCCGGCAGUUUGCAAGGGUUCUUCAACGACCGCGAGAACCCGAUAGGGACUACCUAUGCUAUGAUGGCCAAGACACGAGGCUUGACCAAGGCGCCUGGGGCGGCGCAGUUGUUUGGUAACGCCGGCCGGGAGUACAUGGAGAAGUACGGCGCCAAACCGGAGGACUUUGCCGAAAUAGCGCGCAUCAACCACGCGCACUCAGUCAACAACCCCUAUUCCCAGUUCCAAGACGUCUACACCCUCGAGCAGAUCAUGUCCUCGCCUACAAUCCACUCACCGCUCACCAAACUGCAGUGCUGCCCGACAUCAGACGGCGGCGCGGCGGCCGUGCUCGUGUCGCAGGCCUUCCUCGACGCACGCCCCCACCUCAAAGACCAAGCCGUGCUGAUCGCGGGGCAGAGCAUGACGACCGACGGGCCGAGCCUGUUCUCGCGGAGCGCGAUUGACCUAGUGGGGCGGGAGAUGACGCAGACGGCGGCGCGGGCGGCCAUGGCCGAGGCGGGCGUGACGUCGCCCGACCAUUUCGCCGUAUGCGAGCUGCACGACUGCUUCAGCGCAAACGAGAUGGUGCUCCUCGACGCGCUGGGCCUGUCCGAUGAGCAGGGUAAAGCGCAUGAGUUGGUCCGCCGGGGAGGGAUUACGUAUGGUGACAAUAUGAAGGUGCUCGUCAACCCCAGCGGCGGGCUCAUCUCAAAGGGCCACCCGCUCGGCGCCACGGGUAUUGCGCAGUGUGCGGAGCUCGUGUGGCAUCUGAGGGGUUGGGCGAAUAACCGCGCGGUGCCGCGGACUAAGUACGCGCUGCAGCAUAAUUUGGGGCUGGGGGGUGCGGCUGUGGUGACGGUUUAUCGGAGGGCGGAUGGUAAGGAGGCGAAUGUUCUUGAGUCGGAGGCUGUUGGGAGGGUUAAUAAGCUGGAAUACAAUCCCGCUGUCGAGGCGAGGGGCUUUACGCCCGAGCAGGCCAGGGCUGUGAGGAGCAGGGACAAGGUCAAUGACUUUGCCAUGACGGCCACGCUGCCCAUGCUGAAGGCAGCUCAGGCGAGGGUGUAGGUGACGGCAGGUGUAGGGAUAGGUUCCAGUUGUAAUAUUGUAUGUAUGAUAUGCAGCGGCAGCUAGUAACUGAUGAACGAAGAUUAUGGCGAUUUGGAC